UCAGCCCAGCAUUGCUCCAAAUCAAAACAAAAUAUGGCGCUACCGACUUUGCGACCGCAGUGGGUUAAAAGUUUUAAAAACCCUACAGAGAUUUCAUCAAGACACACUCAAAGAAAUGAAGAUUUGCGUGCCGAAUGGAAUCAAAAUUAUUCGUACUUUAAAUCUGCAGAACUAAAUGCCAGUAAAAACCAGGCAUGGACGUCCGACAGAUCUUUUAAAAGGAGUAUGAAUGCAGUAGACAAGUUGUUCAGCAAAGAGAUUCGCAAUGAAAAAUAUGAGCAACUUUUUCAACGAAGAGAAAAAUUAAGAGAAUUGCUGUCGAAAGAAAAUAAAGCUUAUGAGAUUGAAUUGAGAGAGAGGAGAAAGUACCAUGGAAAGGAUUUUAAAGCCAUGCAACAAAGAGUGGAUGAUCUUCAAGCUGAAAAAGAAGCACACAGGAAACAAUUGGCCCAAGAAAAGUUGCAUGAUCAUUGGAGAAAAAAUGAGCCAAGGUUAAGAGAGAUUGAGUAUGAGCGAAAUAAAAAAUAUGUGACAUCUCGAUGGAAAGAUCAAGUGGCUGAAAAAGAGCAAGUUGUAGAAUUAGCCAAGGAACAAGACAGAAAACUUGACAAAAUACUAAAAUUACAAAACGAAGCCGCCUUAGAAGAAGAAAAAAGGAAAGUGGAGGAAACUGCAUUAAAAAAUAAAAUUCUGGCUGAUGAGUUGAAACAACAGAUGGCAUUAUUACACAGAAAAGAAGAAGAAAGUAAAAUGCUUAAAGCUGAAGAAGAAAAGCUACGCCAUCACAAUGAAGCUUUGUUGGAAUCAGAAAAAAUAAGAAAAGAUUUUGAAAAUCAAAGAAAGAAAAGAGAAUUUGGACGCAUACUUAUUCGACAAUACAAACAACAACUUAAACAACGUAGCAAAGAAGUCCAGGAGGCUCUCAAAUUUGAUUUGAAGAUACUCGCUGAAAUUGCUGAAAAAGAAAAAAAAGAGGAGCUCAUUAAAUCAGCAAGAAGAGAAAAAAUAAAAGCAGAUGCUGAAUACAUGCAUCAGGUUGUUGCUGAUCAACUUCGUUUAGAGAAGACAAGAGAAGCAGAGCUUGACAUGUUGUUUCAGGAGGAGGCAAGUAGGCAGUGGCGAAAAAGAGAAAGUGAAUGGGAAAGAGAACGUUUAGCAAGAGAGAAAUUAAUGAAAUCAGUUUUUGAGGAACGUCAACAGCAAAUUGAAGCAAAGAUGGAACACAUUCGAGCAAAGCAGCAGGAGACUAUCGAAGAGAGAGAAUUACUGCUACAGCAAAUGGAAGAGCAUCAACUUCUCACGCACAGGAAAGAAAAUGAAAAGUUAACUAAAAGAAGGCAACGGGAAGAAGAAAUACAAGAGCAGAUAACAGCACGUGAGACUGAACGAGAACGACAAAAGCGGAAAGAAAAGGAAGAAAGUGAACGUGCUAGGUUUGAAGAGGAACAAUAUGAAGACAUGUUAGCCCAAGAAGCUACUCGACUCAAUGUAGACACUUACUCCCCACCUGUGUCAUUUCGAAGGAAAAAAGUUGCAUUCCUUUAGUACGUUGUUGGAUUGGUACCACAUUUAUUUUUUUAUCUUCACUAAAGAGUUUUUAUUGCUUCUUAUACAUAAAAUUGACAAAAAUUUAGAAAUUAAAUUUUUAUAUGCUUUUAACUCUGGUAGAGACCGACAUUUUUACUUGUACCUUAAUUGGUGGUUGUGUUGCUGUGAAGGGGUGUACACCAUAAUGCCUGUAUAUAAACAUUUAAUGCAUCCAAUUAGAUGUAUAUUGUGUGAUUUACGUUUUUAAUUUAUUAUGUAUAUAAGCAUAAAGUUAUAAUUUUAUUUAUUUACAUUUGAUGUUGAACUUAAAUCAUGUCUCUUCUUUACAAAACUAGUGUAAGAAACUAAGGAUAUUGCUUUGAAAUAAAUUUGUCAAAUAUGCAACAAUUUA